CUAAAAACACUGACCACGAUGGGCCGAUACACUAGCCUACUGGCAAUGGAGGAGUGAGGAAACUUCGCCUGUCAAAAGUGCAGAUUCAACAUUAUCUUUUGUACUGUGCCAAGUCCAAUGAUCAACACCGCCUUUGUAAAUGAUCGCACAGCAAUUCGUGCACAGAGCAGUAGAGUGCACGGAGGCUGACGAUCGGGAGAGAGAAAGAGUGUCUUCGUAGAAUAGAACAAGUCCUAGCUUGUUUUUGGGGGCGCGAUUGUUGCCACUAUGUCCGGGAAUCACACAUUUGUGAGUCCCUUCCACAGACCCCGCUGUUUGGCCGCAGCCGCGCCAGCGGGGAAAGCCAAACUCACCCACCCGGGCAAAGCCAUUCUAGCAGGUGGUAUUGCUGGAGGAAUAGAGAUCUGUAUUACAUUCCCUACAGAGUAUGUGAAGACUCAGCUGCAGCUGGAUGAGAAGGCCAACCCUCCCAGAUAUAAAGGCAUUGUUGACUGUGUGAAGCAGACAGUAGACGGUCAUGGGGUGAGGGGUCUGUACAGAGGGCUCAGCUCACUGCUCUAUGGCUCCAUACCCAAAGCAGCUGUCAGGUUUGGUAUGUUUGAGUUCCUCAGUAAUAAGAUGCGUGAUGAGAAUGGGAAGCUGGACAGUACCCGGGGUCUUUUCUGUGGUCUGGGGGCAGGAAUGGCUGAGGCUGUGGUGGUGGUCUGCCCCAUGGAGACGGUCAAGGUAAAGUUCAUCCAUGACCAGUCGUCAGCCAACCCAAAGUACCGGGGAUUUUUCCAUGGAGUCGGGGAGAUCAUCAGAACCGAAGGCCUGAGGGGGACGUACCAGGGUCUGACAGCCACGGUACUGAAACAGGGAUCCAACCAGGCCAUCCGCUUCUACGUUAUGACCUCUCUAAGGAACUGGUACAAAGGUGAUGACCCUAACAAGGCCAUUAACCCUCUGGUCACGGGAGCAUUCGGAGCCUUCGCUGGAGCUGUCAGUGUGUUUGGAAACACUCCUCUUGAUGUCAUCAAAACCAGGAUGCAGGGUCUGGAGGCUCACAAGUACAAAAGCACCCUGGACUGUGCCGUCAAGAUCAUGAAGCAUGAGGGACCUAAAGCGUUCUAUAAGGGUACAGUCCCCAGGCUGGGCAGGGUGUGUAUGGACGUAGCUAUCGUCUUCAUCAUCUAUGAGGAGGUGGUGAAAGUCCUCAACAAAGUCUGGAAGACGGACUAAGACCACAUUUGUGUGACGACCAGCGGAGCAGGGAACGGCCGGGAAGGCCUGUUGACAUCAUAACUAUGGCCUGAUUCCAAACCCAAUCCUUUUGCUCUUUCCUUAGGUUUACCAUGACUAGCAACCUCCUCACAGAUCUGACACGACUCUGUAUUUCAUUCCAGAAAGUUGUUCUCUGUCCCCUACCCUUGUUUACUUUUAUGGUUGAGUGCACUUCACCUAGGGUGCUAUAGGAUCCUAUCAGGGACACUACUAUCAUAUUGGUUAUACCUACUGUCUUUGAUCUUCUUAAGAUCCGCAAGAGGGAUUUAGCAAGGGCACAGGGGGUAGGGUGAGGGAUUGGGCCUACGUGACUGAAAUAUGGGAACACUGUCAUUCCAGAGAAGUGUCGUAGACGGACGGUGCUUCAGUUCACUAAUGGCUAUUGUUAUCAUCUUAUGUUAUACGUUAACAUACUUGACUUAAUCAAAAAUGAAAUGAUACUUAUAAAACCCCAAAUAAUGUGAUGUAGAUCAACAGAAAACACUUGAAAUGACAGAGGAGGAUCUCAGAGGCUUUUAACUUCAAGGGCCACGGUGUACAUUUAACAGGAAAUGGUAUUACCCGGUGAAAUGGGUCUGGUAGAGACCAUUGUUUUCCCCUAAUAGCAGUAUAACAGACAUGUCUGUUUGUUCACGGGUCAUAUGAGUCUUAUUGUCCAGGUUUAAUGCAGGUCUGAAAUGUUUUAGCUGCUUUACAUACCUGAGUGCUAUUACGUCACAAUGCCUUAUAGAUUGUUAUAUUCAGAGAUGCUAUUAUGGGUGCGUUUGUAAAUUUGUCAGUUAUUCUGUUCUGUGGCACAUUCAGACCAGAGUGCUCUGAAAUCGGAGUAGAUGUGCGUUAGUCAGAGUGAAUUUACAAUCUACUCCGAUUUCAGAGCACUCUGGUCUGAAUGUGCCACAGAACAGAAUAACUGACAAAUUUACAAACGCACCCUAUAUGUAGUAACCAUAAUUGUUGUGACCAUAGAAUUAGAACUCGGUGUUUAAUUGCUAUUCAUUCUACUAAUUCUGUAGUGGUGAAUAGCCUGUUUUUGUCAAAUACAGAGAUGUACAUGUCAUACAGUAUACUCAGACAUUCUGCAGAAUGCACCAACACCUUUUAAAGUUAAUUCCAUAAAAACAAUGACCAAGAUUGAGAUGGUGAUGAACGUUGCAAUUGCAAAUGUGAAACAUCAGAAAUAUUUACAUAAUGAUUGUUUAUUGGGGGGGUUGAUUGUUGUAUGAAAGUGCCUGCAAGUGUAUCUCAUGAUUGUUUUAGAAAUCUGGUAUAAGAUGUCUAGUGUUACUAAUGUCUAUAGUUGAAUGUCUUAUCUGGGUCAGUUCUUAAUUACUGUCAUAUGAUACAAUAACUGAAUAGUUUUUAUUUAAUAUAGACAGUAACACAGUGCAAUGAGGCCUUGCUGAGAUGUUUUUAUUGGCAAAUAUGAUUAGAUCUACUGGUACUGGUUGACAGUAUAGCUCACCAGACACUAUCAUAAUGCAGCCUUGAGUAAUUCAAUGUGAUGAUCUUGUCUCGUAAUGUUCCCUGUCAGUUAUAGAGUAUGUAUAAAUGUCUUUGAUUUAUGAUUACAAAUUUCCUUGGUAGUGUGGAGGGGGUGGGGACACUGAUUUUUAUUUAAAAUGACUAGAUUUAUCUUCAGGGCGGCUCCAGGCACAAGCAGCAUAAACUCAGUCCAGCUGUCAAUUUACUGUUGAGAAUAUACACAAGGUGCAAGUUUGAAAUUUGGUUGUGCAUCAACAAUUUUUCUAUUAUGUCAGUCACUAGCUAUGUUUCCAAUUGGCGACAGAUUUUCAUGUGAAUAUUCUAGAAUCUGCAUAAAUAAAAUAUGGUCAUUUUGGACGGAAAGAAAUCAGUGUGAUGACGUAGUGCACACAAAAUGUACCUUUUCACUUAAGUUUUCGUGUACCGAAUAAAACGUUUUGUUUCCAUAGCA